GUUGACUUGAAUCAAUAUGAAAUUGACAAGUACUUGACCGAGAUUGAAACUGAAGCAGAGCUACUUCAUUGGUGGAAAGCAAGUGCUGCUCAGUUCCCAACUCUCUCCCGCCUUGCAAUGGACUUUCUCGCUAUGCAAGCAACUAGCGUGCCAAGCGAGCAAGCUUUCUCGGUCGCCAAGCACACGAUUAGUCUCACCCGGAAUCGCAUAAACCCUGAAGUAGCUCGCACGUCCUUGUGUUUGAAAAGCUGGUAUCGAGAACUAGGUGAUAUAUUAAACGAAGUAGGUAAUAUAUUAAACGAAGUAGGUAAUAUUAGUGUUUAA